CUACCUCCUCGGAUCUGCAUCCAUGGGGAUCGAUCGCAGUCGGAAUCCAUUAGCAGCUCCUUCCUCCUCCUCGUCCUGCGACUUGGCAUGGCGGACGAGAUCGUGCCCGCCGAAGGGCCGUCCUACCGUCCGCCGAGGAUCCGAUCGAGGUCGCUCGCAGACUACGCGCCUGAGCCUUUCGACAGCGAGAAGAUCCCUCCCACUCUUGUCUCUGAGGUGCGCCGCUUCCUCCGAGUGGCCAACCAGAUCGAGGCCGAGUCCCCCCGCGUCGCGUACAUUUGCCGAUUUCAUGCGUUUGAGAAAGCACACAAUUUGGAUCCCAAAUCAAGCGGUCGAGGUGUUCGACAGUUCAAAACUGCACUUCUUCAGAGACUUGAACAGGAUGAAAAAAUCACCAAAUUUUUGAGGAAGGAGAAAAGUGAUGCUCGGGAACUGAGAUCUUUCUACAAAACGAAAAACAUGAAAGCAGGUGAAGUUUCAUCUGUGUUGCAUGAAGUGUUGAAGGCAGUCGUAUCUGGAGCUGGCCCUGAGUUUGUGGCUGCCAUUGACAUUGACGAAAAGAUUGGCUCUUACGCUCCAUAUAAUAUUCUUCCAAUUGAUCCUGGAAGCGGACAACAAUCAAUUAUGCAUCUUCCAGAGAUUGAGGCUGCAGUUUCUGCCGUUCUUAAUGUUCGAGGUCUUCCAAUAGCAAAGGAUUCUCAGGAGAUGGGUGUCAGCAGAGAUAUACUAGAGUGGCUCCAAUGUUGGUUUGGCUUUCAGAAAGGCAAUGUAGCUAAUCAGCGGGAACAUCUUAUCUUACUACUUGCUAAUAUACAUGGUAGGCUCAGUCCAAAGCCAACAUCCAUGUUGAAGCUUGAUGAUAGAGCAGUACAUGAACUUAUGUUGAAAAUAUUUGAAAAUUAUCGGAAAUGGUGUAAGUUUUUAGGGCGACGGAGCAACAUUUUGUUGCCAUCUGUCAAGCAGGAAAUACAACAAUAUAAAUUGUUAUAUAUUGCUCUUUAUCUGCUUAUAUGGGGUGAAGCUGCUAACUUGCGGCUAAUGCCAGAGUGCCUAUGCUACAUAUUUCAUAUGAUGGCAUAUGAUUUAUACGGGGUGCUAUCUGGUGCUAUUGACUUGAAUACUGGAGAGAAAGCCAUACCUGCAUAUGGAGGAGAGCAUGAAUCUUUUCUCAGCAACGUAGUCACUCCUAUUUACAAAGUCAUAUAUGAGGAAGCCAAGAAUAGUAAAAAUGGGAACGCUGAUCAUUCUACAUGGAGAAACUAUGAUGAUUUGAAUGAAUUCUUUUGGUCUGUUGAUUGUUUUAAGAUCGGUUGGCCCAUGCGUCUUGAUAAUGACUUUUUUUAUACACCACCACAUUUCUCUAGUCAAAAUACUGCCGAGGAGAUGCCAACUACAUUUUCAACACAGAAAUGGGUGGGCAAGACUAACUUCGUAGAGAUUAGAUCAUUUUGGCAUCUAUUCAGAAGUUUUGAUCGAAUGUGGACAUUUCUUGUACUCGCUCUCCAGGUUAUGAUAAUCAUGGCGUGGCAUGACUUAGAAACUCCUCUAGAAUUACUUGAUCCUUCAAUUUUUGAGGAUAUAUUAAGUAUUUUUGUGACAAAUGCAGUGCUUAGGCUUAUGCAAGUGACUCUUGACAUUGCAUUUACAUGGAAAGCAAGGCAUACACUGGGCUUCUAUCAGAAACUAAGAUUUGCUCUUAAAUUCUGUAUUUGUGGAAUAUGGACGAUAACACUUCCAACUGCUUAUUCUACUUCUCAAAGAAAUUCUGUUUGCUCAACAAAACUAUCUCAGAGCAAUCUUUAUCUAUUCUGCUUAUCACCGUACAUGAUUGUGGUUGCAAUUUAUUUGAUCAGCAACGUUCUAGGAAUGACAUUAUUUUUCUUUCCUGCUGUAAUUACUUAUAUUGAAAUCUCAAAUUGGCGGAUCUGCAAAUUUCUUUCUUGGUGGGCUCAACCUCGAUUAUAUGUUGGACGAGGGAUGCAAGAGGGCCAAGUGUCUCUUCUGAAGUAUACAAUCUUUUGGUCUAUUCUAUUGUUCAGCAAGUUCUUAUUCAGCUAUCAUUUUGAGAUAAAACCUCUUGUACAACCAACAAAGCAAAUAAUGAAAGUUAGCGUUAAUAACUAUGAUUGGCAUGAACUUUUUCCAAAAGCCAAAAGCAAUGCCGGUGCAAUUCUUGCAGUUUGGACCCCAGUACUUCUUGUCUAUUUUAUGGAUACACAGAUUUGGUAUUCUAUAUUUUGUACAAUCUUUGGUGGUGUUUAUGGCAUUGUCCAUCAUCUUGGCGAGAUUCGUACAAUGGGAAUGGUGAGAAGUCGGUUCCACUUGUUACCCUCUAGGUUCAAUGCCUUUUUUGUUCCUCACUCAUCACAAUCACAAAAAGAAGAUAAGGGAAGUUUCCGAAAAUUUUUGCAAAACAAAAUUUUCAAGGAUUUAAAACUUGUAAAGGCCGACAUUCCUAGAUUUUCUUUUGUGUGGAAUCAAAUUGUCACUAGCUUCCGUUCUGAGGAUUUAAUAAGCAACAGGGACAUGGAUUUAAUGAUCAUGCCACUUUCUUCAAACUUGACUUCCCAAUCCAUUAGGUGGCCUUUAUUUCUUCUGACAAGUAAGUUUUCAACUGCAGUGAAUAUGACUAAGGAGUUUGUGGGAGAAUACGAACAACUCCAUUGGAAAAUAAACAAAGAUAGAUAUAUGGUCAGUGCUAUUAAAGAGUGUUACAAUUCACUCAAGACUAUCUUCAAGUUCCUUCUUGUUGGUGACCUAGAAAAACGGGUUUUGGAGACAAUAUUUGAUGAGAUCGAAUCAAGUCUUAAAACAUCAAGACUUCUGGUGGAUUUUCAGAUGAAUGAGCUUCCUGUUCUACAUGAUAAGUUUAUCCAUCUGGUUGAACUUCUGUUUAACAAUAAACCAGAUGAUCGAGAGAAAGUGGUCAUAAUACUUCAAGAUAUUGUAGAUAUAUUGACAAAAGAUAUGAUGGUAAAUUGUUCGAGAAUCUUAGAUAUGAUCAAUUGCUCUGAGAAUGAUGUCUCAGAUGGGAACAUAUUUUUGCAAGAUCAUCCACCAGAGUUGUUUGCUUCAAACUUCCCUAUGUGUGCAAUAUGUUUUCCCCUUCCAGAUAAUGGUGCAUUAAAAGAACAGGUUAAACGAAUAUAUCUGUUGCUCACUGUCAAAGAAAAAGCUAUGGACAUUCCAACUAAUUUGGAGGCUAGACGACGUAUUUCAUUCUUUGCAACAUCUCUAUUUAUGGAUAUGCCUUGUGCUCCUAAAGUUCGUAAUAUGUUGUCAUUCAGUGCGAUGACUCCAUACUACUUGGAAGAAAUUAAAUUUUCACAUGAAGAGCUUCACUCUAGUCAGGAUGGAGCUUCCAUUCUUUCUUAUAUGCAAAGAAUUUACCCAGAUGAAUGGGAAAACUUUCUUGAACGUCUCGGGCCUAAUGUGUCGGAUGAAGAGAUUCGAUAUUGGGCUUCUUUUCGUGGGCAAACUUUGAGUCGAACAGGUAGUGUGAGAACAGAAUCAAAUUCUCUGAAUUUAAUGUGCAUUAUUUCAGUUUGUUUUGCUAAAACAUUGGCUAAUAUGCUAUUUUACUUUUAUACCAAACUAGUUCGUGGAAUGAUGUAUUAUAGGAAAGCUUUGAAACUACAGGCAUUUUUAGACAGGGCAGAUGAUCAAGACAUUUAUAAGAGACACACUACGUUUGAUGGAGAGCAGAAUAAGAGAACCAAUCAGCAGUCACUGUCAACACAACUAGGUGCUCUAGCUGAUUUGAAAUUCACUUAUGUAGUCUCUUGUCAAAAUUUUGGAACACAAAAAUCUCGUGGCGAUCCACAUGCACAGGAUAUAAUAGAUUUGAUGAUGAGAUAUUCAUCCUUACGGGUUGCUUACAUUGAGGAGAAAGAAGAUAUUUUGGCUGAUAAAGCUCAGAAAAUUUAUUCUUCUGUCUUGGUAAAGGCGGAUAAUAAUCUGGAUCAGGAGAUUUAUCGCAUCAAGCUUCCUGGUCCUCCAAUUAUUGGUGAAGGGAAACCUGAGAAUCAGAACCAUGCAAUUAUUUUCACUCGUGGGGAAGCACUUCAAACAAUUGAUAUGAACCAAGACAAUUACCUAGAAGAAGCUUACAAAAUUAGAAAUGUUCUUCAAGAAUUUUUGAGACGUCGUGGAAAACAUCCACCAACUAUAGUUGGUCUCAGAGAGCACAUAUUUACUGGCAGUGUAUCAUCUCUUGCUGGUUUUAUGUCUUAUCAAGAGACUAGCUUUGUCACUAUCGGGCAGAGGUUUCUUGCAAAUCCGCUCAGGGUACGGUUUCACUAUGGACACCCAGAUCUGUUUGACCGGUUGUUUCAUCUAACGAGAGGUGGUGUAAGCAAAGCUUCUAAAACUAUUAACUUAAGCGAGGAUGUCUUUGCUGGAUUUAAUUCCACAUUACGCAGGGGUUAUAUAACUUACAAAGAGUAUAUGCAGGUUGGCAAAGGACGCGACGUUGGGCUUAAUCAGAUAUCAAAAUUUGAAGCUAAGGUAGCAAAUGGAAACAGUGAGCAAUCUCUCAGCCGUGACAUAUACCGGCUUGGACGACGCUUCGACUUUUUCCGGAUGCUUUCGUGUUAUUUCACAACAGUUGGGUUUUACUUCAAUAGCUUGAUAUCUAUUUUUGGGCUUUAUGUUUUCCUCUACGGGCAACUAUACCUUGUUCUCAGUGGGCUGGAGAAGGCACUCAUCACUGAGGCUCGAGUGCGAAAUGUGAAGUCCUUAGAAACUGCACUUGCAUCCCAGUCUUUCCUCCAACUGGGACUUCUUACAGGGUUGCCGAUGGUGGUGGAGCUUGGCUUAGAGAAGGGGAUCCGUGUUGCCUUGAGUGACUUCAUCCUCAUGCAAUUGCAAUUGGCCUCCAUUUUCUUCACGUUUUCACUUGGGACAAAGGCACAUUUCUUUGGAAGAACUAUUCUCCAUGGUGGCGCCAAAUAUCGACCGACAGGCCGUAAAUUUGUAGUUUUCCAUGCUAGCUUUUCGGAGAACUACCAAUUGUACUCUCGGAGUCAUUUCGUCAAAGGAUUUGAGUUAAUUUGCCUCCUGACUGUCUACAACCUAUUCAGGAAAUCAUACCAGAGCACAAUGGCUUACUUCAUGAUCACAUACUCUUCCUGGUUCAUGGCAGGAACUUGGUUGUUCACACCUUUCCUCUUCAAUCCAUCCGGAUUUGCCUGGAGAAAGAUCGUCGAGGACUGGAUGGACUGGAACAAAUGGAUGAAGAAUCAGGGCGGCAUCGGCAUAAAACCAAACAAGUGCUGGGAAUCAUGGUGGAAUGCUGAAUACAGUCAUCUUAAGCAUUCCGGGUGGACUUCUUCCAUAAUGGAAAUUCUCAUUUCCCUUCGCUUUUUCAUCUAUCAAUAUGGCCUUGUCUAUCACCUAGACAUCUCACAAGAUAACAAAACCAUCCUGGUUUAUGUGCUUUCCUGGUUUGUCAUCGUCGUCGUCUUUUCACUCGUUAAGUUGGUCGAUGUAGGACGUAGCCAACUCAGCGCGAAGCAUCAUCUUUUUUUCAGGCUUUUCAAAAUGCUCUUGUUCCUCAGCGUCAUAAGCUGCAUUAUCAUUCUCUCAACCAUAAACCAGCUCUCUUUUAUGGAUCUUUUUGUAUGCUGUCUUGCAUUUAUACCCACUGGCUGGGGACUCUUGUUGAUCUCUCAUGUAUUCAGGUCGAAACUCGAGUAUUCAGGUCUAUGGAACAUUAUCCAAGUAGUCGCUUAUGCUUAUGACUACGCAAUGGGCUGUCUUCUUUUCGCACCCAUAGCAGCCUUGGCAUGGAUGCCCGUCAUAUCUGCGAUACAAACUCGCGUCCUAUUCAACCAGGCGUUUAACAGACAAUUGCAUAUCAUGCCCAUUCUUGCAGGGAAGAGUAAACACCGGUAAAGAAGGCAACGAAGCAGGCAAAUGCUUCACCACUUCCAGGCAGCAGGUGCACUUAAACUCAAUUCCAUUUGAAUUUAGAUCAAUCUUGAGUCAUUUUGUGAGUUCUUUUUAGCUAUAUGUUAUCGUUACCUGGCAGAAUUUAAGCCUGCUGUAAAUUUAAAUGUUAUUGUAUAUGAAUCUAGUAAGACAUGCAAUCA